GCAGCCGUAGACAAGAAACGAGUCCACGACGAGGAUAACGAGCGAUAGCGAGUCUGUAUAUCGCGCCAUGUUGCCCGCCAAUAGCUUGGGGCUGUGCAGAUGUCAAAUGUGAAAAACAGGAUUUCACGUGCAAAAUAAUGUGUAGGCAUGGAAGUGAUUGGCUCAAACGUUUUAAAAUUUAAAUUAGAGCAUAAUUAUAAAUAGAACAUUUUAAUUGUCUAUGACGUUAAUGUGUGAAUGAAAAUGUUUUAAUGUGAAUACAGUCCUUAUCCAAUGUAGGGUUUAUGUUAAUUUAUCGCUGUGAUAGACACGCGUAGAGCGCCAAAAAUUGGCGUGAACGAUGAGUUCCCUGGGUGCUUCUAAGAAAACGAGCGCCAGAGAAAAAGAAUCAGAACUCCUUGAACGCGAAGAUUUUGAUGCCGGGCCAUCAAAUUUAGACUGCAUAGAACCCGGCCUAUGGCUCGGCAACUUAACUGCUGCUACAGAUAACGAUGUUCUAGAGCUGCACCAUAUCAACCAUAUCCUCACCGUCGACUCCUGCCCACUGCCAAGGAAAAUAACAAUGCUGCCAGGGGUGAAAACUAAAUUUUUGCAAGUGACUGACAUCCCAAGUGAAGACCUACUUUCUCACUUUGAACACACUUCUGAGUUCAUUAGGACAGGUCAGGAGCAGGGGGCAGUUCUGGUACACUGUUACUUUGGUGUGUCGCGAAGUGCAACAGUUGUCAUAGCAUAUAUUAUGAAGAAAUAUGAACUGUCAUUUGAGGACGCCUUUGAACGUGUAAAAUCUAGACGUAGGUUUGUUGGGCCGAACCCAGGCUUCACUUCCCAGUUACAUCUCUACGAGACGAUGAAGUGGCAAGUGGAUAAAGCUAAUGUUCAGUUUCGCAUGUACAGGUUACACGUUGCAGCUACUCAAGUCAAGAAAGUCAAAAUCCUACCGCAGAAUUGUAUGGAUGUGGUGAAAUCUGAUCCGUCACUGAUCACAGUAAAACCAGAACCUCUUGUGUAUCGAUGUCGGAAGUGCAGGCGCAUUGUAGCGUCUGCAUCAAACUUGUUACCUCACAUACCAAAAGAAAGGCCAUCAUGGACUGAUAAAAAGUGGUCGACUGAAGACAGAGAAGCGAUGAUGUUGUGUUCCGAAACAUACUUCGUGGAGCCUCUUGCUUGGAUGUCAUCAGUCACGCAGUCACUUCAAGGGAAAAUUCACUGCCCGAAAUGCAAGUCGAAGUUGGGUUCCUUCAGCUGGAUUAUGGGCUGUCAAUGUCCAUGUGGUUCAAAAAUUUCACCAGCAUUUUAUUUGGUGCCAUCAAAAGUUGAAUGGAGUAACAUGGUGCAGAAUGUUCAGGUGACUGUAUGACAGAUAGACAACACUGAAGCUGCAAGAUGUAUUGUGUAGAAGAAUUUCUGCAUAUGGUGGUUCCCUUCAAUUGAUUUGGUGCAGAUCAGUUUAUUGUAGGUUCUACCAGCAGUGACUAUGAACGGUGCUACCUUCUGGGAUGUGACGCCGUGUAGACCCGUGGAGGUCCACCAGUGUUCAAAAGUGAACCAAGCCAGAAAGUAAGAAGAAGCAGAUGGCAGGCAGUGCAUUUUAAAGUAUUAAUUGAAGGUUAAUGCACUCAUGUAAAAAUUUAUAUGAAUUCAUGGAUUUUUAUACAGAAUAAUAAUGUAUUUGUUUUGCCAUCAGAUGUACAUUAAUGUGAAACAGUUGUGUUAAAAUAUGUUUCAUGUUGAGGUUAAACUGAGAGAGAGAGAAUAUUCUAAUGUGAAAAUAAUUUCCUGAGCUGAAUUAACAUAUGAGCUAAAAUAUGAGAUUAUUAUUCUUGUACUUUCUCAGACAUUUUCACCUUCCUCUGAGUCCUCUAGCAACCAGAUCUGUCUGGCUGUCUGUUCCCAGGGCUUCUCAAUUUCCCCCUUCUCCGCAUGUGUUUCACAUCUUGGUAUCAGUAUAUAAGAUUUUUAACCACCGUCCAGUGUGACUGAUGAAGGUUGUGUUUUUAAUUUUUCAUCUUUUACAUGUUUCGGUCAAAAUCUUCAGAAGGGUGAUAUCAACACAUGGAAAUUACUAUUACAUGUCAUAGAUAUAAAUGUUAUAUCCUUAACUAAUACU